GAACGAGAGAUAGAACGAGAGAUAGAACGAGAGACAGAACGAGAGAUAGACGAGGAAAUGGAACAAGGAAGGAAGACAGAGAAGGAGCAAGAGAGAAAAAUAGAGCGAACUAGCAAAGAAAUUGAACGAAGUCUAUCAUUAGAUCCUGAAUUGACGAAGGAGAGAUAGAAGGAGAGACAGAACGAGAGAUAGAACGAGAGAUAGACGAGGAAAAGGAACAAGGAAGGGAGAGACAGAACGAACAAGAGAGAAAAAUAGAACGAACUCAUAAAAUUGAACGAAAAGGGGAGGAGCCGCUACAAAGGUUAGAUAGUUGAGGCAAGAGGUCCUGUCACUGCAGAAUCAUGGCAUUUAAGGAGAUGCGUCGGCUUUCCUUGUGGGACAAGGAUGUGAUUGAUCCAUUAAUAGUUGGUUUACGGAUUGCACCGGGGACUGCAGAAUAUGAGGAUUUGGGGAGAGAUUUAACACCAUCUCCAGUAAAUGAUUUUUGUGCUAUUGGACUGCCUGAUUUUAAUCCAUCUCAGCCUGGUACUCAUGCAAAGAUGCAGUGCUACCUUUGUAAAGUCUCAUUCACCACUCGCGAAGAGCAAGUUGAGCAUUAUCGUCUUGACUGGCACCGUUGUAACCUUCAACGUUCCAUAAACCAGAAAGCUCCUUUAACUGAGGAACAAUUUAUGAAUGAUUUAAAUGAUGUUUCAAGUAUUUCUGGAUCAGAGGAAGGUUCAGAUGAUGAGGACACUGAAGAUGAUAAGAUUUGUGAGAAUGAUGAGACUAGUCAGAGCUUAGGAAGGCAGGCACGAAUGUUCUUCCUUAAUGCUGAUGGACUGGUUUUGUCUCUUUACAGGGCAGUCCUCUUUAGUAAAAAAUGCAAAAUGACGGGGGAGGAAGAUGCUGUGCUAAGAGCUCGAAGUGCAGUGGUAGCACAGCCUUGGGCUAUUAUACUACUCAGUGGAGGUCAUUUUGCUGCUGCUAUUUUUAAAGGAAAUGAAGUUGUAAUUCACAAGACCUUCCAUAACUACACAGUGCGGGCUAAACAAGGUGGAAGUCAAAAGGGCAAAGAUAAUCAGAGUGGGACGUCGCACCCAAGGUCAAGUGGAGCGUCUCUCAGACGGUACAAUGAGAUGUCACAACGGCAGCACAUUCAAGAACUAAUGGAGUCUUGGAAACCUCGCCUAGCUCUCUGUAAGCUAAUAUUUUAUCUUGCCAAAACUCACAAUAGAAGUACGCUGUUCAGUGGCAAGAAUGCGGUAUUGAAUGUCAAUGAUAGUCGUUUGCGAACUAUUCCAUUUCCCACCAGGAGACCAAAAUUUUCCGAGGUGAAGAGAGUAUAUGAACUGCUGUCUGCAGUUUAUGUUCAUGGCAAUGAAGAAGAGUUUAACAGUCUGAUAAAAGAUGCAAAUGCCAAAAACACUAGGAAGCCCCUUGUACCAAAAAAGAACAACUCUCCAGUAACCAAGUCUGAAAGGAAACCAAAAUCUUUGAGAAGGAAUUCACCUGUCCAGUUUACGCCUUCAUCUGAAGAAGAAUCCGAAGAAGACAGUGUCAGUGAGAUAACUCUUGUGACUUCAAUGGUUACUAUGAGUACAAGAGAAUUGGGCGGUGCAGACAACGAAUGUUCGUUUGAUAUAGAUAAAAUGAGGAGACGGGCAAAAAAGAAUGAAACUCAGCAAUCUCCCAAGAAAAAGUCUUCAGAUUCAAAAAGUGCUGAUCAAGGGUCAGAAUUUCAUGAUCUGCUGUACUCAGCGUGCAGAACUGGCACCAUAAGUGAUCUUUCUAGACUCCUUAAGAAGCCUUGGAAGAAUUUAGAUGAAGGCAUUUCAUCAUCCACUGAAGUCAAUGAUAUUACAGGAGAAGCCUUACCAGAAGACAUAUCCGAAAUAACGUUUGGUCCUCACUGCAAAACUAUGCUACAUGUUGCUACUGAAAAUAAUCAGAAUGAAACCAUAUGGUGGCUCUUGGAAAAUGGUUGUGAUCCAAGUAUUGCUGACAGACGUGGGCGUUUACCCUACAACGUUUCAAGAAGUAAAGAUAUGAAGAACCUUUUUCAGAAAUUUGUUACUGUGCAUCCAGAAAAGUUUGAUUACCUGAAGGCAAAGAUUCCAGUCCCUCUGACCCCAGAAGAAGAAGAGAAACAGGCAGCUUUAUUAGCAGAGCGAAAAAAGGCGAAAAAGAAAGCUCAGAAGGACAGAGCAAAGAAGAAGAAGGAAGAAGAAGAAACUCAGAAAAGAGAAGAAGAGGAAAAGGCGAGAUUCCUUGAACUCAGUGACAGGGAGAAGAGAGCAUUGGCAGCUGAGAGAAGAAUACAACAGCAGUGUAAAAAAGCUGAGACGCCAGCUGUCGUGCACAGCAGAUGUUUCAUAUGUGGUACAAACAUAACAGAUAUACCAUUUGAGUACAGUGAUAACAAAUUUUGUAGUGUCAGAUGUGUGAAAGAACAUCGUUCUAAGAAUGUAUAGGGGUUGAAGUAGACGGGUUACAAAAUA